GUCAUUGAUGUAACAAUCAAAUUUUAUUACUAGCAAAUUUGUCAAUUGAUUAAAUUAUCUUAUGAAUAAUAAUAAUAAUUUUCAAAUUAUUCUAGUCUAAGUUCAAUUUAGCAAGCUGGCAUCAAGAAGAUUUUUGCUCAUUGGCUUCCACAGCUUCUCGCCUCCAGCAUAUCGCUCCAAUUUUCAUAGUGUGACCUUCGGCCAGAAACGUCUCCACUCAAGCAUGUCGUCCCCGCAGUGUUUGCCGCGGCAGCCUCCUUCCCGGGGUACUCCCUCACCAACCCCUCAGUCACCCAACCUUGGGAUACUAAAGAGAUACGAUGAUAUAGUGAAAUCACAAGAGGAUAAGAGAGAGUACAGGGGUUUGGUGUUAUCGAAUCGCCUCAAAGUACUGCUGGUCAGUGACCCCACCACUGAUAAGUCGGCCGCCGCACUGGAUGUCAAUGUGGGUUACCUAAGCGACCCGGACGAGUUGCCAGGCUUGGCGCAUUUCUGCGAGCACAUGCUGUUCUUGGGCACAGAGAAAUACCCCGAGGAGAACGAGUACAACAAGUUCCUGUCAGCGCACGGCGGCUACUCGAACGCGUCCACGUCAUCAGACCACACCACCUACUACUUCGACGUGUUGCCCGAGCACCUAGCCGGCGCCUUAGACAUUUUCGCUCAAUUCUUCAUAUCGCCCCUGUUCACGGAGUCGGCGACGGGGCGGGAGCUGAGCGCCGUCAACUCUGAACACGAGAAGAACACCUGCCUGGACGCGUGGAGGCUGGACCAGCUGAACAAGAGCACAGCCUCGCCUGAUCACCCUUACCACAAGUUCGGCACUGGCAACAGGGAGACCUUGGAGACGAUCCCCAAGUCGAAAGGCAUCGAUGUACGGAAGGAGCUGCUCAAGUUCCACCAGGAGUGGUACUCCUCAAACAUCAUGACCCUUGUCGUUUUGGGCAAAGAGUCCCUCGACGAGCUGCAAGCGACAGUGGUGCCUCUGUUCUCGGCGGUGGAGGACCGGUCGGUGGAGGCGCCCCAGUGGCCGGAGCACCCGUACCCGUCGCAGUUGCGGCGAAAACGUGCCUACUGUGUGCCCGUGAAGGAUCUUCGGUCUUUAUCCAUCGACUUUCCUAUCCCGGACACGAGGAAGCAUUACAAAAGUGGGCCCGGCCACUACCUGUCCCACCUUCUCGGCCACGAGGGUCCAGGGAGUCUGCUGUCAGCUCUUAAAGAGAGGGGAUGGUGCAAUAGUUUAGUGGGUGGCACGCGUAUUGGCGCCCGAGGGUUCGGCUUCUUCGGCGUGCAAGUGGACUUGACCGAACAGGGAGUCGAACACGUCGACGACAUCAUCUCCCUGGUGUUCCAGUACGUGGGCAUGCUGCGGGCGGAAGGCGCGCGACGCUGGGUGUGGCAGGAACAGCGCGAGCUGCUGGCCACGGAGUUCCGUUUCAAGGACGCGCAGGAGCCGCGCGGCCUGGUCGCCGCACACGUGCACCUGCUGCAGGAGUUCCCAAUGGAGGACGUCCUGAGUGCAUACUACUUGAUGACGGAGUGGAAGCCGGAGCUUAUCGACGAGUUGUUGGCGUUGCUCACGCCGGAAAAUGUGCGAGUUGGCAUUGUGGCCAAAUGUUUCGCAGAAAAGUGUACACAGAUAGAGCCGUGGUACGGAACCAAAUACCUCCAGGAAGAUAUAGAGGAAUCGAAAAUAAAGGAGUGGAAAUCAGUGAAGCCGUGCCCUGAGCUUCGGCUGCCUCCCCCCAACGAGUUCAUACCGUCGAGACUGCAGCUGGAGACGGCCGACGACCCCACCAUCGACGCCAUCGCGCCUUCCAUAAUCAAGGACACUCCGCUGAUGAGGUUGUGGUUCAAGAGGGACAAUGAGUUUCUGCUGCCAAAAGCUGUCAUCACAUUCGACUUUGUCAGUCCCCUGGCGUAUGCGGACCCGCUGAACUGCAACCUGACAUCGGUGUGGGUGCUGCUACUCCGCGACAGCCUGCAGCAGUUCGCGUACGCGGCCGAGCUGGCCGGCCUCCGGUGGAGUAUCGGCAACGCCAAGUACGGGCUCAGUGUAACAAUAGACGGGUACGAUGAUAAGCAGCACGUGUUAUUAGAUAAAAUUAUUGACCACAUGGUCAACUUCAGGGCUGACCCCAAACGCUUCGAGAUUAUGAAGGAAAACCAUAUUCGCGGCAUCAAGAACUUCGAAGCGGAGCAACCCUAUCAGCACGCAGUGUACCAGCAAGCGUUGUGCCUCUCCGACAUCGUAUGGACAAGAUGUCAGCUUCUAAACGCCGCUCAAGAAAUGACCGCUGAACAGCUGGAUGACUUCGCGUCUAGGCUGAUAAGGAAGGUGCACGUGGAAGGGUUCAUAUUCGGCAACGUGACCCGCGAGAGGGCGCUCAAGAUCGCCAACAAUCUGGAGAACAAAUUGCCGAAGGACGCGACCCCUCUGUUGGCUCAGCAAUUACUAUUGCAUAGAGAGAUUGAAUUGGAGAAAGGUGCAUGGUACCUGCGCGAGGCCGUGAACCCGGUGCACAAGUCGUCGUGCGCGUCGCUGUACUACGCGUGCGGGCUGCGGGCCACGCGACACAACGUCGCGCUCGAGCUGCUCGCGCAGACCCUCGCCGAGCCCUGCUUCAGCGUGCUCAGGACCAAGGAGCAACUCGGCUACAUAGUCUUCAGCGGGGUGCGGCGCUCGAACGGCGUCCAAGGGUUACGCGUGAUCGUGCAGAGCGACCGCCACCCGGCCUACCUCGAGCGCAGGAUCGACGCCUUCCUCGCCGGCUCGCAGUCGUACCUGGAGGACAUGUCUGAGGAAGAGUUCCUGAAGCACAGGGCAGCCCUCGCUGCACAGAAGUUGGAGAAGCCGAAGCGGAUGUCGGCGCGCGCCUCGCAACUGUGGGGGGAGAUCACCGCUCAGGUAUACAACUUCGACCGGCCCCGAGUCGAAGUGGAACAAUUGAAUACGAUUACCAAAGCCGAACUACUGGAGUUUUAUAAGAAACACAUAAGCGAAAGCUCCCCCGAGCGGCAGAAACUGUCAGUGUACGUGAUAUCGACGGCAGAGGGCGGCGCGGGCACCAUACAAGAGAACGGGGACGUCGAGAAUGGGGAAGCGGACCGGAAAGAGCCAAUCAAGAUAACAGACUUGGUCGAGUUCAAGUCACGGAGGCGGCUGUACCCUCACGCGGCGCCGUUCGCAAACAUACCCAGGAAAGGAGCUCAAUGUAAACUGUAAUGUGCAUAGCGUGGCAUGCCAUAUCCACAGGCGUAGUCACGGGCAGGCGGUGAUCCAGCCCUCCAAAGAGUUUACGGUCACAGUCACCCGAAAAUCGAUCAAGAACGAAUCGAAGUAAGGCUCAUCAUCGAUAUAGGCAUCAUUUACAUCAUAUCAUAACUGUCCACUGCUGUCCACUUCCCCAUAUUUUGGGGGUGGGGGGGGGUCACCAAUAGUUGCUACGCUGCAGUGAUGUUUAAAGACGCUGCUGCUCAUCCCUAAGCCACCAUCAUCAUGUCAGCCUUGAACUGUCCACUGCUGAACAUAAGCCUUCCCCUAGGAAAGGUUUUGCCAGUAGUUGCCACGCUUGGCAGGCGGAUUAGCCACCGCAGUCAGGCUUUAGAGAUGUUUUAAGAGGGACGCUGCUGCUCAUCUGUCGCUCUCCCUUAGUCGGCUCUUACGACGCCAACGAGGAAGGAUGUGGUGGUCCAUUCUACGCCGGGACCACACGGUGACCUUAAAUACGCCAAUGAUGAUAUCUGAUCAUCAAAUGACUCUGUAUUGUAAAAACUAAUUCAUUGAAGUUACAAUUUGUAAAGUUUAAAAUAGGUUACUCGGGAAGUGUUCUACCAGGAAUCGGAACAUUUUCAACUUGAAGACAAUCUUCGUGGAGCAUGCUGCUGGGUAUGUUCAUCGUCAUUAUCAUGUCAGCCGUUAUCCGUCCACUGCUGGACAUAGCCUCCCACAGACUGCGAAAAAGGACGGUCCCUAGCCACCUGCAUCCACUGAUUUCGUUACUGACUUGACAAUACAUUUGAGGUCGUCGCUCACAAAUUCUUUCAUCUAUACAAAGCAAUACAAUCAACGAAUAACAUAGGACAUACGUUUUUUUUUUCGAAAAUUCUAUCUACCCGUGUGAAACCGGGGCGGAUCGCCUAGUUAAUAUUAUAAAGAAUCUCGAGCCCCCCAUACUAACUCGUCAGCUGGACGAUAUAGGAGGCUCGACAUGUCUUGUCACUUCUCGUUCCCUGUUCCUUUGCUGAAAGUGUUCAGUUUCCCCGUAGAACCACAUAGUAUAAGACUAUACUAGUAGUAAAACACACUUAAAAGAAUGGCAACUAAACAUAGAUAGGAUUAAUGGAUGAUAUAUAGUAAUGAUAUACUAUAUAUUGCAGUUAUAAUAUAUAUAUAUAUUGGUCUGAUAACGGAUAUAUUAAAUAUCGCCUACUAAUAGUAGUGGAUAUAAACAUAAUAAUUCUAAUCGACUAACAAGGAUGUAGUAAAAUAUCAUUUAUCCAAUAUAUACUAUAAAAAUGAAGGGCUCGUUCGAGAUGAACUAGGCGUAGGCGAGGUAAUAUGGAUACCGAUGCGAUAUCUAUACAUUGGGUGCCUCUGGACAUUGAUAGCGGGAAAUAGGUCAUUACCCAUUUCGAUAUCGCCCAUAUCGGUCGGAUAUCUAUGUUCAUUUCAAUAUUACAUUUUAGAUCAUUAAUAUUUAAUAUAUAGAUACUGUACAUAGAUAUUGCCCUAAUAUAUACAUACUGCUAUAUAUUACGUCUAAGCUAACGAUUCAAACUUUAGCUUAUAUAUACUAAAUAGUAUAAUACAGUAAGUAAUAAUGAAAUAGCAAAUAAAAUAUAUGAUUUAUAA